GAGUCUGCGCCAUCUGACGCCUUUUUAGAGUACUUCACACUUUAUGGGUUGGAGAGUAGCAGGAGAGAUGCCGAGUGGCCGCCAUUUACGCAUUUUACCACGCGGUAGUGACACAACUGCUGCCUGAAGGGGUGUCCUUUUUGCGAAAACAAAUCUCGGCUUCCGUGUCGGCAGCGGGAUGUCUCCCAGCCAGCCGCUACCGCCGAAAGAGAACGCCCUAUUUAAAAGGAUAUUGAAAUGUUAUGAACACAAACAGUACAAGAAUGGGUUGAAGUUCGCCAAGCAAAUCCUGACCAACCCCAAAUUCGCCGAUCAUGGAGAAACGCUAGCAAUGAAAGGACUGACACUCAACUGCCUAGGCAGGAAGGACGAGGCAUACGAGUACGUUCGAAAAGGACUGCGAAACGACCUCAAGAGCCAUGUCUGCUGGCACGUCUACGGACUUCUACAGCGUUCGGACCGCAAGUACGACGAAGCCAUCAAGUGUUACCGCAAUGCUCUCAAAUGGGACAAGGACAACAUUCAGAUUCUGCGGGAUUUAUCGCUACUCCAAAUACAGAUGCGUGACUUGGAAGGAUACAGGGACACUAGGUACCAAUUGUUCAUGCUGCGACCAACACAGAGGGCCUCUUGGAUCGGCUUCUCGAUGUCUUACCACCUGCUCAAGGAUUACGACAUGGCCCUCAAGAUUCUCGAGGAGUUUAGGAAGACGCAGACGAAGCGCGGCUACGACUACGAGCACAGCGAGCUCCUGCUCUACCAGAACAUGGUGAUGCGGGAAGCAGGCGAACUGGAGGAGGCCCUCUGCCACCUGACACGCCACGAGGAGCAGAUCUGCGACAAGCUCUCCAUCCUCGAGACGAGAGCAAACCUGCUGAUGCAGGUGGGGCAGUUUGGGGGUGCUGAGAGCAUAUACCGGGACCUGCUCCACCGCAACCCCGAGAACCACGACUACUACUAUGGACUGCUCAAGGCCCUCCGACUGCAGGGCAUGGAAGAUCAGCUGAAGUUGUUUGAAGAGUGCCAGCAGACGUUCCCCAGGGCCCAGAUGCCACGCCGGUUGCCACUCAACUUUGCCACAGGAGAGGAUUUCCGCUCGCUGGCUGACAAGUACAUGAGGCGAGCAUUACACAAGGGAGUGCCUCCCCUCUUUGUGGACCUUAGGCCGCUCUACAACAGCACAGAAAAGGUGAAAAUCAUUGAACAGUUGCUGACUGGCUACGUGAGCUCGCUGAAGAAGUAUGAAGUUUUUUCCGAACGAGAAAAGGACUGUGAAGAGAAGGAACCUGCCACUGCCCUGCUGUGGACCUACUACUAUGCGGCCCAACACUUCGACUACCUUGGCUGCACCGCCAAGGCCCUGGACCUGAUCAAUGCGGCCAUCGAGCACACGCCCACGCUCAUAGAGUUGUUUGUGGCCAAGGCUAGGAUCUUCAAGCAUGCGGGUGACAUCCAGGAGGCGUUGAGGCACCUGGACGAAGCUCAGGCUUUGGACACGGCGGACCGCUACAUCAACUCCAAGUGUGCCAAGUACAUGCUGCGGGCUAACCUCAUCAAGGAGGCCGAGGACAUGUGCUCAAAGUUCACCAGGGAAGGUGUGUCAGCGGUUGAGAACCUGAACGAGAUGCAGUGCAUGUGGUUCCAGACGGAGUGUGCCCUUGCCUACCAGAGGCUGGGCAAGUGGGGCGAGGCGCUAAAGAAGUGCCACGAGGUGGACAGGCACUUUUCCGAGAUCAUGGAGGACCAGUUUGACUUCCACACGUACUGCAUGCGCAAGAUGACACUGCGUGCCUAUGUGAGCUUGCUGCGGCUGGAGGACGUGCUCAGGGCGCACCCCUUCUACUUCAAGGCGGCCAGGGUCGCUAUUCAGGUGUACCUCCAGCUCCACGACCACCCCAUCGCGGAGACGGAGACCGCCGAGGAGAUCAACACGGCCAACAUGGCGCCGAGCGAGCUGAAGAAGCUGAAGAGCAAGCAGCGCAAGGCCCGUCGGCGCGCCGAGCAGGAGAAGGAGAAGCAGACGGCGGCGCAGGAGAAGCGCGACCAGCACGCCAAGUCGAGGCAGCAGCAGACCCAGGCCCAGCAGCAGCAGGCCCAGGACGCCGGGGAGGUGGACGCGCUCCGGGACGAGGAGCUGCUGCCCGACAAGCUGGCCAGGACGGAGGAGCCCCUGGAGCAGGCCAUCCAGUUCUUGCGGCCCCUGCAGCUGCUGGCGGCCCAGCGCCUCGAGACGCACCUGCUGGCCUUUGAGAUCUACCAGCGCAAGGGGCGUCUGCUGCUCAUGCUGCAGUCCAUCAAGCGGGCCUUCCGGUUGGACCCCACCUGCCCACGCCUGCAUGCCCACAUGGUCACCUUCCACAGCCUGGUGUCCCAGAAGAAGGAACUCCCUGCCCCAAUGGUGACGGUGCUCCAGCGGGAGAUGGCGGAGCUGUACCAGUCGAAGGAGGCGCAGCAGCUCAACGAGGAGUUCCUGGCCCGCUACUUGAAGUCCUUCCCUCACCUCGUGGAAGGGUGUCGGAUGAUGUACUUCCUGGACAAGUCCAAGCAGAAGCAGGCCCUGCAGAUGGUGACAUCUCUAAACAAUGACCUAGAAGGAGUCACCAUAGAGCACUGCCUCAGAACUCUGGAGUGUCUGACCCGGGGAGACCUCGGAGCCUGCGAGGUGGAGCUAGCGCAGUUUCGGGCAUCUUGCCACGAGCGCUUCCCAUUGGCGACGGCGUUCCGACCCCCGCAGCCGGCAACCAAUCACGUGCGGCCCGAGGAAUGACCCCCGGGGGUCUCUGCCACAGGCAGCAAGACUGUGCGUCGCGUUCGCUGCCGUUGCUGCCGCCACCAUCGCCGUGGGAACCAUCCCCCCUUACCCAACCAGUGCCUCCUCCGUUGACCAGGCCGAGCCGUGGCCGACGUCGAGCAGUGUUGGCCCAACAUCGGGCCCCCAACGUAUGCAGGACAAAGCAGGCGCCGUCUUUCCUGGCAUCGUGCCUGUGCGUGCGUUUGUUGUAGAACACUCUCUCUGCUGCUGCCCCCCGCGGUACGGAACAAACAACAAAGAAGUGGUUGCACGGGGUUUGGCUAGGCGUGGUUUGAAUGAAUGUCUAAUGUUUCAAAGCUGAUUUUUGUUGCUUUUUUUUUUCUGAUGGUUUAUUUAUUUUUUUAUGUUUUCCUGCAGACAGUUGAGGUACUUUUUUGGGGGUGGAAAAAUUUAGGUAGUAUUUUUAAACUGCAUGACCUGGGAUGGGAUGUUAAGUGGGCAGUUGUUUCAAGUUAAGGGAGCUGUUCGAUGGUUGCAGUUCUUGACAUGGAUGAGACUCAGUGUGACAAGGAACUUCAAGGUUGCGUUCAGAAGCGAUUGGUGUGGCUGCAAGAGCACCCGGGCUCCAUUGAGGACUGGUGUUGAUUUCUACACUCACGAAUGUCGUGCUCUGCAUGGGAACCGCGAUAAAGAAGGAUUUCAUCAUCUGUUAAAACUUUGAUUCCUCUUUGCGUAACCAAAGGCCCCAUCUUCAAAUUAAUUUUUUUUAAUUGGAGUUGUUUGAGGUCUAUCUUAGGUGUCAAAGCAAGCAUUUCGCGAUUGAGCGGCUUACUAUUUUGUAACAGUGAGCUAGUCACUGAGGUGGUUUCUGCUGUAGUCCUAAACCUCGUGGAACGAUAAUUAAUUUUUGAAAAUUGCAAUUCUUACCCUUUCAAAUGAGUCGAUCACCUUUAACAGAGAAUAAAAUAGCUCUGAUAGGAUGGCCAAAGAAGAGUUCUACGGCACCUUUGGCUGCUAUGACACUGCCUAGUGUGUUAUUUCAGGAAAUGCAAUGCAGAUCACAUCUUUAAGAAUGGUAUGGUCAGUUUCUCAUUUCAAGAAUGGAGUUACUUUGGCAUCUAGUGUAAAUGCUGCUGGCUAGAAACUAACAAUUUUUAUCAUAACUAGCGCAUAACAGCUUCAAAAUUUGCAAAGAUGUCAGCUGAAGGGGUGGCAGCAAGUGCACAGUGCCUAUGCAGAGCGCAAAUUUGUCUGCUUUUUUUUCCAGGGGUUGCGGUGACGUCAGAACACCGAGCUCUGAUUGGUGCUGAUGGAAGGAUAGUGGGCAGACCUCAAAGCAAGCUGCCCCGAGGUCUAUCUACUAUCCUUCAAUUGGAGCCAAUCUGAGCUCGGCAUUCUGACGUCAGCACAACCCCUGCAAACGAAGCAGACGAACUUGCACUCCGCAUAGACUUGGACAAGCCAAACGGUGUUACCUUUGUGUCGCUAAAGUUCUGUGGUGGUCAUUGGCAGUUUAGCAAAAGGCUCUCGAAGCAAUCGGCCGACACCUCCCAUUUGAUUUCUGUCUGUCAUUGUCAUGUUUCAAUAGCGAGGUGUAGAUUACAUGCGUGGAGGCCGAAUCAUUUUGAUUAAAUUUUAUCUGGGUUGUCAGUAAUUUGGAAUGCGACAGUAAGUGCCAUGGGUAACACGGUAGCACUUUAUGAACGGUCUAACCCUUUGUCUAUGGAACAAGGCUUGUAUACUUUAGUUAGUUAUUAAGUGAAAUACUGCGCGAACAAGAGGCAAUUGAAGCUGCCGUUUGUUGCUCAAAGCUUCAUUGUCACGGGAGUCAUCCAGCGAUACCGUUACGGCUUUCCGUUGCCAGUGUGAACUAGAUUGUGGCGGAUGCUGAGUCCGUCAUUUUGUAAGAACGGAGCAAGGGAGGUUUCGCGUUUGUAGCAGGCAACAAUGUGUUCCGAUUAGACACUCGCAAACGCACAUGCAUCCAGACUAGAGGAGCCAAGUUGAUGGAUGCAGGAGGAUGGCACUUUCACAGGUUUCCAGAGGCGUCGAAACUGGACCUUCGUUUUUCUUAUAAACACCGCCUUUGUUGUUAGUUUUUCUUUCUUUCUUUUUUUUUUUUUUU